UCCCCGGGAGAAACAUGGCCGGGAGCAGCGAGGAGGCGCCAGACUACGGGCGAGGCGUCGUGAUUAUGGAUGAUUGGCCAGGAUAUGACUUGAAUUUAUUCACAUACCCACAGCACUAUUAUGGAGAUUUGGAGUAUGUCCUCAUACCUCAUGGCAUCAUUGUGGACAGAACUGAACGGCUGGCUAAGGAUAUUAUGAAAGACAUAGGAUACUGUGACAUUAUGAUCCUGUGUGUGCUUAAAGGAGGUUACAAGUUCUGUGCAGAUCUUGUAGAACACCUUAAGAACAUCAGUCGAAAUUCAGAUAGAUUUGUCUCUAUGAAGGUUGAUUUCAUCAGACUAAAAAGUUACAAGAACGACCAGUCCAUGGGCGAGAUGCAGAUAAUUGGAGGCGAUGAUCUUUCAACACUGGCUGGAAAGAAUGUCCUCAUUGUUGAGGAUGUUGUUGGAACCGGGAAGACCAUGCGAGCGCUGCUCAGUAGCAUAGAGAAAUACAAGCCCAACAUGAUUAAGGUGGCCAGUUUGUUGGUGAAGAGAACACCUAGAAGUGACGGCUUUAGACCCGACUAUGUUGGAUUUGAGAUUCCAAACUUAUUUGUGGUGGGUUAUGCCUUAGAUUACAAUGAAUACUUCAGAGAUCUGAACCACAUAUGUGUGAUCAAUGAACAUGGUAAAGAAAAGUAUCGAGUCUAAAGGAGUAAAUUCUCACCAACGAAUCUCCAGAUAACAUCAUACUUACGACUAUAGUCGGAAAGCCAGCAUGUAAAGUUUGUCUCCCCAGGCAUCUUCACUCAGCAGGAGAUAAAAGAAAAAAAAAAUGUUUUAAUGAGAGAGGUUUCUUUUCUGAGGUUAUAACAUAAAGAAGACCAAAGGUUCUUAAGGAAAAUUAAGCAGUGUUUUUAUUUGACUUGCUCCAAAUUAAAUACUCCACCUUGUGACUCAUGCGUUCUAUCUACCUUCACACUCCAGAACUUCACCUUCUUUUAUUCCGAUACAGUUAUUAUGCUUGAUGACUAUACCCCCACCUAGUUACUCAAAUAUUUUUCACUUAACUUUUUUUUUUUUUAAUAUCCCAUUUUGGUAAUAUUUUGCAAUCUGGAGAAACUGGAAGCCUUUUCAGUUAAGCUCUGAAUGCAAAUCCUGGGAACGCAACUAGAUUCCCAUACUCAAAAAGGAGGGAAAGGACAAUUUAAUAUAAAUUUCUGUUUGUGCAUUUCUGGCAGGCCAUUACUAUUUGCUUUGACAAAGCCUUUUUGAACUGUAGCAUAUAAUGAAUCUUAAUGAUGUUAUGAAAUGAGCCUUUGCUCAGUGCUGUUGAUCGGAGCUUCCGGUAUGUGAUAACGGUAUGUCAUGCAUGCAUGGAUGUACUCAACUGUGUUUAAUACUCUGAAUUUUAAUUAGAAAAAGUACAAUGGCAGCAAGGCCCUC